AGCGUGAGGUCUUCCCAUUCAAGUUGCUGGAUUAAAGACCUCAAGACGUCAUCCACAACUACUGUUAUCACCUAAGGGGCCUCAAUCCUUCAACAAGACCCAGUGAUAUUAUCUAGGAACUCAUAUUCUAUUUUCUACGGGACGGGAGAGGAAGAGAGAUUGUCUUCUCCGGGGCUGCGGGAUGAUGGCGCACUUGAAUGGGAAGACCUCACGCUGCUAGAGCUCGCCAUCUCCCUCUGCACACCACGCCUAGGGUUCCAGCCGCAUGAGAUUGGGGAGGAAGAAGGCGACACAGAGACUGAACGGGUGUUGUGCCUUUGAAGUCGAGGGGAGCGCUGCCGUGGACGCCGUCUUGCUGAGCUGGAAGGCCAGCGUGGCAGAAACCAGGGUCGAGAGGGGCAAGGGGUACUGCUGCACGGUUUUGGGACUUGGAGGGUGAAAAUUAAGCUGUUUCAGAGAUUGGGGUUGAAAGUUGGACUUACAUAAGAGAUAAGGGGUGUAAUAUGGACUUCUUCCUUCGUGUAUCUGAAACCUCGUAUCUCGGUCAAUCUCAAACGAGGCCGCCCCGAAUCCUUUCGAAAGAAAAACGAGUCCAUCCCAUCCCUCCGAACUCAAACGAUGACACACCACUUGUUGGGAAAAAUCCAUCCGAUUCCGGCCAAUUUUUGUGUUUCUAGCAUGGCAGGCCAAACAAGGAUAGCCUGAACUGAAAGCGGAGGGUCCCGCCCGGUCACACUCGCCUGCCCCGCCGCCCGCCGGCCCCGUCGCGCACGCUGUGUAGUGGUGGAGUGGUGGAGGUGUCGCGCCGCGGCAUUUCUUCGCUGGAACGGGCUCCAGCACCACCGCCCGGCCUUCACCUACGAGCAGCUCCGCGCCGCCACCGCGGGCUGCAAGCUCGGCGACGGCGGGUUCGGGACGGUGUUCCUCGCGCACCUCCCGCCCGCCGGCCGCCCCGCCGCCGUCAAGCGCCUCCACGUCCCGCCGUUCCCGUCGCCGUCGUUCCCUUCCGCCGCCGCCACCAUCACCAAGUCCUUCUGCAACGAGGUGCUCAUCCUCUCCUCGCUCCGCCACCCGCACCUCGUCCACCUCCACGCCUUCGGCGCCGGCAUCCGCCCAUGCACCCGCUCACGCUCUCCUCCACCGCGCUCCUCCGCCUCAUCAAGUCACUCUCGACGGCGGCGGGGCCGAGGGCCCACCUCACGGCCUCGGCGAUCCACUGCCUCCUCUUUAAGGAAGGGCUCCUCCACACUGGGGCGCACCUCCCCACGGCGCUGCUCUCCGCGUACGCCGCGCUCGGCAGGCCGCAGCACGCGCGGGAUCUGUUCGACGAAAUGCCCAAGCGGAGCCUCGUUGCCCACACCGCCAUGGCGCGGGUGCACGCGGCGGCCGGGCAGGCAGCCCAGGCGCUCGCCGUGUUCAGGGACAUGCUCGCGGACGGCCUGCUCCCUGACAACGUGGCCCUGGCGAUCGCGCUCACGGCAUGCCAUGGGGUGGGCUCGUCCUCUGCGGCGGCCCGGAAACCUGGUAAGAUGGUUCAUGCUCUCAUCAUGACAAGCGGCAUUGUGCCGGAUGUGUUCGUCUCAACAGAACUGAUCAGGGUUUACGGGGAGUGUGGCGAGCUGUCUGUUUCGCGGAGGGUGUUCAAUGACAUGCCCGUGAGGAGUACUGUUUCGUGGAAUGCCAUGGUGCAUCAGUAUGUCAGGCAUAGUAAUGUUGGCGCUGCAUACGAGCUGUUUCUUGCAAUGCCAAGGAGGGAUGUGGUGUCAUGGAAUACAAUGAUUGCCGGGUAUUGCUUCAUUGGCCGAUGUAGGGAGGCACUAGAAUUGUUUUGUCAGAUGGUAUCACCAUCUUCAUGUCCGGUGCAUCCAAAUGGACCUACAAUGAGCACUGUUCUUGCUGCUUGUUCCGGUGCAGGUUGUUUGGAGACUGGGAUUUGGGUCCAUGCCUACAUUGACAGGAACCAAAUGAAUGAUGACGGCUCAUUGGACCGGUCCUUGAUAGACAUGUACUCCAAAUGUGGAAGCAUUGAAAAGGCCCUUCAGGUGUUUGAGAAAGCACCAGGGAAGAGGGACUUGUACUCAUGGACAACAGUGAUUUGUGGGUUGGCAAUGCAUGGUAGGGCUGCUGAUGCUUUACGCAUGUUUGACAUGAUGCAAGAUAAUGAUAUUCACCCUGACGAUGUUACUCUUGUUGGGGUACUAAAUGCAUGUGCGCAUGGUGGACUCGUAGAUAAAGGUCUUUGCCACUUCUACUCCAUGGAGGAGAGAUAUGCAAUCGUACCCAAAAUCGAACACUACGGGUGUAUCAUUGAUCUUCUUGGUCGGGUUGGGAGAUUGCAAGAAGCAUACAACAUGAUCAGGACCAUGCCGAUGAAGCCUAAUGCGGUAAUCUGGGGUGCAUUCUUGAAUGCAUGCAAAGUUCACAGCAAUGUAGAACUUGGUGAGAUCGCAGCAGCUGAAGUCAGCAGGUUGGAUCCAAAUGAUCCCUGGGCAAGGGUGAUGCUGUCCAGCAUGUAUGCAAAAGCACAGGACUGGACCAGUCUAGCCAGGGAGAGGAAGGAGAUGAACAGCCUGCAGAUGAAGAAAACACCUGGGUGCAGCUCAAUUGAGCUUGACGGGGAGGUGCAUGAGUUUGUCGCUGGUGGUUUUCAGCAUCCCCAGCUUGGUGAAAUUUGCACUAUAGUGGAGAAUAUUGAAGCACAAACACAUGCAGGCUAAAGAGAUGUGGAUGCCUCAUCUUCUGAGGUUUUUGGUUCUGCCAAUGAUGCUAGCAUGUCACUAACUGACCUCAGCGUUUUCCAUUAGCCUUUGAAUGUUAUGAGGGAAGAAUUUUUAGCUUGGUUGUAUUGCGAAGAAUUGAAGGAGGUUAAAAUCUUAGGGCCCAGAGUAAAUGAUUAGGUGCUGACAAAAAUCUGUUUUGAUUGUUCGUACUGGAAGAUGAACUAGCAAUUGAAGCUAGUGGAGGCAUAGCACCGACUAGUGGACCGAAGCUGGUAUGGAUGGUGAAGGAGGAAAAAGUGUCGGUCAGACUAAAGAGCACGCUCAGCUUAUUAGAAGCUUUGGCGUUGAACAGCUUGUUGUUGCAGUGAACAAGAUGGAUGCUGUUGCAUACUCAAAAGAAAUAUUUGAGUUCAUCAAACUACUUGGCAGUUUUCUGCGGUCUUGCAACUUCAAAGACUCAGCUAUUACCUGGAUUCCUCUUGGUUCUGUAGAAAAUCAGAAUUUGAUCAAACCUCCUUCAGAUGCUCGUUUGACCUCCUGGUCAGUGCUUUCAAUGAUGACGAGGUGGAGUUAAUGAUCUCUUUUUGAAGCUGUCUGAAAUUUAUGACAUGAAGUUUUUGUGUUCCACUUUGUUUAGAAGACACUCUUCAAAACUAUUGUCAUAAUGGAUGUUAAAUCUAUAUCUCAUGGAUUGACUACUUUAGGGUACCAACAAUCCCUUUGGAGCAUAAAUCUUCAAUGACCACUACUAUACACA